AUGUUACUUGUAACACAUUCCAGACAACCCUCCUUAUCAUAUUCAGCAUAUUCUGUUCCAUCUUUUGGGACACUGUCUCUGCCUGCCAAACCUUCCAAAUGGAACAUUCGCCAUCGCAGUCCACAUAGUCCCACAACCAGUGACUCCAGCCCACCUCAUACUCGUCGUAAACCACUCGAACGGGCCACUGCACGCCCUUCAGUAGGUUCUUCGAGGGCUCAUGCAGCCAUAUCUGGAGGCACACUCUCCGAUACGAUUGAUGUGGACAACAAUGUCAAGGUCUGGCCAGGAGAUUUCUAUGCCUGUGAUAUUGCCAAGGGCUUCAGACUUUGCGAGACAAUCAGUAAGCGUCGCCAAGGUGUCGCCAAGGUGUUCCAGAAGAUGUUUGGGGUCCCUUACACUAGCACAACAUUUCAUGCUCACAAGAGGCGUUGGGCGGAUGCGCCUGCCAAUGUUACAGAUAGGUUUGUCAAGGCUGGGCGAACAGAAGAUGGUUUAUGGUCAAAGUUCAUGACAGAGACCCGGUCCUGA